GAAAAUCGUCAACGUCACGUAAAGUUGCCUUUUGGAGCAGAAAUUUUCCGACAAUUAAUUAGUUUCAUUUUUUAGCGUUUAACGCAUCCUAGAUAAUAGUAGUUUUACACGAUGGCGACCCUCAAAGAUCGGCAGAUAAAUGCAAUCAAACAAAUGCUGAACCUGAACCAACCGCUUCAAAAAGCGAUAUCGGCAGAACCGGUAUGGAAACUGUUGAUAUACGAUCGCACGGGACAGGACAUUAUCUCGCCCCUGAUAUCAAUCCGCGAGUUACGCGAGAUGGGUGUUACCUUGCAUAUUCAGCUACAUUCCGAUCGCGAUUCCAUACCCGACGUGCCCGCAAUUUACUUCUGUGCAGCAACAGAGGAGAAUUUGGGCCGCAUCGCGCAAGACUUCCAAAGUGGCCUGUACGAUGUAUAUCAUUUGAACUUCAUUUCGCCGAUAUCUCGACAAAAGCUGGAGGACUUGGCGGCGGCUGCCCUGCAGGCGGGUUGUGUGGCAAACAUCCACAAAGUUUACGAUCAAUAUUUGAACUUCAUAACGCUGGAAGAUGAUAUGUUUGUGCUGAAACAUCAAAACAGCGAUGCAUUGUCGUAUUACGCCAUCAACCGUGCCAAUACGCAGGACUUUGAGAUGGAAGGCAUAAUGGAUAGUAUUGUCGAUAGUUUGUUUGCGGUGUUUGUGACGCUGGGUACCGUGCCCAUCAUUCGCUGCCCGAAAAACACUGCGGCCGAAAUGGUCGCCCGAAAGUUGGAGAAAAAGUUGCGCGAAAAUCUUUGGGAUGCACGAAACAAUCUGUUCCACAUGGACGCCACCCAGACCGGAGCUUUUAGCUUUCAGCGGCCGCUGCUGGUACUGCUGGAUCGCAAUGUCGAUAUGGCGACCCCGCUGCACCACACCUGGACCUAUCAGGCGCUGGCCCACGAUGUGCUGGAGCUCGCCCUCAAUCGGGUGGUCGUGGAAGAAGAUCCCGCUGCCGAGCAGCAGCACCUAGCGUCCGGUGCCAAGCCAAAGCUGAAAGCGUGCGAUCUGGACUCACGGGAUCGAUUUUGGUGCACGCACAAAGGCAGCCCGUUUCCCACCGUGGCCGAGGCGAUACAGGAAGAGCUAGAGCAGUACCGGUCAUCGGAGGAGGAAAUUAAGAAGCUGAAGACGACGAUGGGUAUCGAGGGCGAAUCGGAUGCUGCAUUUUCAAUGGUCAACGACAACACGGCAAAGCUGACGAGCGCGGUCAACUCGCUGCCUCAGCUGUUGGAGAAGAAGCGCCUGAUCGAUAUGCACACCAAAAUUGCCACCUCCAUACUGAACUACAUCAAGGCACGCCGGCUCGAUUCGUUUUUCGAGCUCGAGGAAAAAAUUAUGUCCAAGCAGGCGCUGGAUCGUGCGCUGGUAGAAUUGUUGAAGGAUCCCGAGUUUGGCCUGCCGGAGGAUAAGAUGCGACUGUUUAUCAUCUAUUACAUCUGCAGCAAUGUGACGGACGUGGAAUUCAAACGGCUCGAGGAAACGCUCAAGGAAUGUGGCUGUGACCUCACUCCUUUACCGUACAUUCAACGAUGGAAGAGCAUCAUGAAGAGUACAUUAGCAAAUUCAAACCAGUACGAAGGUAGCGGAACCAAAACAGUCUCGAUGUUUUCCAAACUAGUGUCCCAGGGUUCAUCGUUCGUGAUGGAGGGUGUCAAGAACUUGGUCGUCAAACGGCAUAACCUGCCAGUGACCAAAAUCACCGAACAGCUGAUGGAGUGCCGUUCCGGUGGCUCCGAGGUGGACGAUUAUCUGUACCUCGAUCCGAAGCUGCUGAAGGGUAGCGACGUGGUGCCGAAAAAUCGCUCCCCAUUCCAGGACGCGAUCGUAUUUGUGGUCGGUGGCGGCAACUACAUCGAGUACCAGAACCUGGUCGAUUUCAUCAAAUCGAAACAAAGUGCAAACAGCAUCAGACGCAUCAUCUACGGUGCGUCUACAUUGACGAACGCGAAACAAUUUCUGAAACAACUGUCGCUAUUGGGUGAAGAGAUCGGAGGGACAUAGAGCAGCAGGAGCAAGUCGCGCAGUUGGGUUGCAUUUCUGGGUGCGAUGCACGGGUGUUUACCGUGGUCUACCGACCACUGACCGGGAGCUUAGGUAGGAAUAAUAACAACGUGUUUCUCGGCUAGGGGUGUGAUUAUAUAGAAAAAGGAAGCGUAUGAUCGCAUGUACAGAAUAAACGAAUCGUUCCAUGUAUUCCACACAAAAA